GCUCACUUUAGUACCGUACCCAAAAAAUCCAUCCUCUGCAGUGUAGGCUGUCACACAAAAACUUACCGCAACUGAUAACCGCAGCUUUCUCUUUUUGCCCAAACUCAAGUUGCCUCACUUUGAAUUUCAUAUCAGAGCAACUGCACUCGAACAUCGUCCGUCGAACUAGACGUUUGGCCUGCAGUCAAGCCGUCGAGCGCUGUCGAGCUUCCGCUAGAGGCAUCUUUACCUCCAGCAGGCAAUCCUCCACUAUCUGUCGCAGUGCUGGCGAACCUCACCCGUUUUGCCAUUCAUCUGUGACCCAGGCUGUAACGGCCACUUCUAAUUCCGAGCAGAUACUAGCAGCUACUCUAUGAGCCGUAAAGAUUUGCUACGUUUCCUGUCCAAGCCAGCAAAGCCCAGAUAACACCAGCUACUUGCGGAUCAAGUCGUCAAAUUUUGUCAUCGAUUGUUGUUUUCAACGCCUCCCUUGCUGGCACAACAUCAUAACGAUACUCUAACAGGUAUCGCAAACAGACCACAAGAGCAGGACAAAUACUGCCCACAAUUCCGUUCGUGCAGGAAAUCUUUUUCCUCCUCUCCUCCACCCGGCCUCCCUAACGACCCUUCGACAAGGGAACCUCACUUCAUCCAAACAUUGCUGCUGGCAACAGCCAGCCUCCCAGCUUCCCGCAGAUAGUGGGCCUUCUCUUCUCAGGCGGACACCGCAUUGUUCGUCUGGGCGGCAGAUAGUGCUUCACUGAAUCGUCAAGAUCCAGUGCCUCCAUCAACACACUGCCCACUCGUCAAUUCUUGCAGGCAGGACUUUGUCCACCACUUCGACAAGGAUAUGGUACAUAUUGGGAUCCCCAAGAAUUACACUGCUUCACCUUCAAGCUUUAGUCAAACGCCAUCUUUGACUAUCAAUCGUGAAGUAGCGCUGGACCUCGACUCUAGCAAUGCUUUCGAAGGUCCCGAAAAACUGCUAGAAGUAUGGUUCAGUCCGUCGCCUCAUGCCCUUCAUGGCUGCUCGGAGCCGACCGGGCUCAAAGCCGUUCCUGCCGACGUGUGGAAGUCAAUGCUUGACCUGGUCAACUGCAAAGUAUUGUCCAUUGUCGAGUCCGAAGAUGUGGAUGCCUACCUCCUCUCCGAGUCGAGCAUGUUUGUUUUCCCGCACAAGCUUAUCUUGAAGACAUGCGGCACCACCACUUUGCUUUGUGGCCUCCCACGGAUUCUUGAAAUUGCUACUCUUUUCGGUGGCUUUCCCCGCUCUACGGCACCUCCGGCCGGCGGCAUUGCUGUUGCAGCUGCCCCCUACCGUGUCUUCUACAGUCGCAAGAACUACUUGUUCCCUGACCGUCAACGUGGCCCACACCGCAGUUGGCGUGAUGAGGUCCACACGCUGGACAAGCUAUUUCUGGGGGGAAGUGCGUACAUGAUCGGCAAGAUGAACGGCGAGCAUUGGUACCUGUAUCUGACCGAACCAUACACCAUGUUGACGCCACCUGCAACCCCCCAAAGCAUGGAUAGUCCUGGUGCGGGGACAGAGACCAAGAUACUGACUUUGCCUUGCCAAGAAAUGGUUGGUUCUGUCUCGAAAUCUUGUGAAGGUGAUGAUGAGACUCUAGAGAUCCUCAUGACUGAUCUGGACGAGGAGAAUGCCAAGCAAUUCUACCUCGACCACGCGAGUGCGGUCGCAGAGGAUCAGUGGAGAGGGUCUCAAAGAGGGCAAGACGAUCAUGUGGAUGUUUUCAGUAACGUGUCCUCGGACGGAAGCGAUAUCUCGGUGAAGGAAGAACCCUAUCCAGCGGAACUGACCACUGAGGGCCACGCACUUGGUACUGUUGUAUCGGACUCCUGCGGGCUAUCUGAGGUCUAUCCGAAAAGCCACUAUCCGGACGCACGUAUCGAUGCUUAUCUGUUCACCCCGUGCGGUUUCUCGGCAAACGGUGUGAUCCCUGCACCUCACGGCGAAAAGGGAACUCACUACUUUACGGUUCACGUUACCCCCGAACCGAUCUGCUCCUACGCAUCUUUCGAAACGAACGUUCCUGCAAGUCAAACUGGGCGCGAGACCGCGGACGUCAUCCAGCAUGUUGUGGACAUCUUCAAGCCAGGCCGCUUCAGCGUGACUCUCUUCGAAGCCAAGAGCAACCACGAGGAACGAGCCUAUGCGGAUGAUGAGGAACUGGCUCAGAUCAAGAUGUUGGAGCGGAAGGCUGCCCGUCGCGCAACCAAGAUGGACGCUAUCAAGGGAUACCGUCGUGUUGACCGUAUCGUUCAUGAUCUCGAUGGCUACGAUUUGGUUUUCCGCCACUAUGAACGAUUGGACUGGAAGGGUGGUGCACCACGCAUUGGGGAGAGAGGACUUUGAACACCUAUAACUGCACCAGACUGCCCGAAGGUUUACGGCUUGGUAGACUGGAGCGAGAAUGUCUUCAAAGUGGGCGACGAGGGUACGACACAGAUUGCAAGGAUGGGUUGAAAUGUCUUCUACUACUAUUUACAGUAUUGGCUUUGGUGCUGCAAUGGAGCAGCCGUUCUCUCCUUUGGGCUCAAUAGUAAGGUAUGCUAACCAGUACUAUAUGUGGUUUCAGCCGGGUCACUUUGGUUCUUGACGUGCCAAAAAAAUCGUAUAGACAUAGUUCCAGGUCGCGACGCUUUGACUAGUUGUGUAGCAGUAUCUACUACCAAAGCCCUUACAGCACUAUCAAGGCAGAGGUUAUCAUUCCAAGCGCCUGCGGCAC